CUAUCUGACACAUGUUAUUAUAUCUCAGUUCAUGCUUUCUUUUACACAAAAUAUCACAGACAAAAACUUGUUCAAUUCAUCAAUAAAAUGCUUGUCUUCUUCUACUAAAAAAGGAAUGAACAUUGAACAUAGUUAUUGUGACUUGUGAUUUAGGUAGCCAUUUUGGUACCCGAUUUUGGCACUAGUGUAACUGGUACUUGUUAAAGACAGAUGAUGUGAUGAUGGUAACUAAAUGUCUAAAUCUAAAGAAAUCUUGAAGGCUCAUAUUUAAAUUUAUGGAUGUUUCUUUAAAAAAUUAAAUGAAACCAUAUAUAUCCAAAGAGUGCAAAUAUAAACAGUUGUUCCCACCCUUCCACUAUAUAUACACCAGCUUUGAAGAAGUGGUAUAUUAGAGAGAUGGAGAAGACAACGACGUUUCUAGUUCGUUACGAGCAAAAUCAGAAUACGAGCUUCUACCUCUGCCGCCACUGCCAAACUCACCUGGCCUUGCAUCAAGAACUGCUUCACAAGUAUGCAGCUAAUCAGCAGCAUGCACUCUUUCGAGAUCUAGUUAAUGUGGGGUUGGGUGCAAACUACCAGAUAGUAACUGGUCAAACUGGAGCACCAGUUUGUUGCAUCAACUGUGGCUCAAAUUUGGGAUCAAAAUUUGUUUCUUUGAAUAUUGAGACCUCUGCUAUCAAGGACGAAGCUCUUCGUUUGGAAAGGAAACCAGAUGUUGUAUGCAGACACAGAGCAACCAGUUCAGAAUGCAUGAAUUUAAGCCAUUUUGGUUCAUGCUUUUGAGUUGAUUUAUGAUGCUUCUCUGAUUGAGAAAUUUAUUACUCAUUUUGUUAUUACUCAAUACUCAUUUUGUAAUAAUCCAUUACUCAUUUUGUAAUAAUCCAUUAAACUUGUUGCAACUGCAAUAACUUUAGCAUA